CUCAAUCGGGCGGUAACAUGGCCAAUGAGGAUAGAGCGGUCCAGGGGGGCAGUUUGUCUGGGAUGUCUGGAUCUUUGCCCCCGUAAGCAUGUACGGAUGCUGGUUGGUCGGGGACGUUCUUUUGCGGCUGUGAAUCGAUUCGGGGUGAUGGGGUUCUGGAAUGUCUGGGUUCUUUUCGAUGAGCGCUUCAAAGUGAAGUGAUUGUCCAACCGUCAUCGCGAGGCUUGCGAGGGGG